GCCCUGCAGAAACAUUGAGUUUUAACUGUAGACCUCGCCAGACGGUCACUGGCAGCCAGGACUCAGGGACAAAGAAGAUGGACGUGGGAGAGCUGUAACAGUUCAUUCUCAGAAACUUCAGUUUUCACUUAACCAAGAGUUAUGAGAAAGAGCAAUUGGCAUUCUUUAAAAACACAGCAGCAAACACUGCUUCUUCGGAGACCCUUACCUCCAAAGCUCCCUAAGUUGCCUUUAUGUAAGAAGAAAGUUCACACAGCUGCCAUUCAUGAAACGGAGCAGUCUCACACAGAGGAAUCUCAAGGUGAAAGCGCUUUGGUGAAAAGCGGUCAAGGUGUUUCUCAGUCACAAAGACCUGUCAGCAUUCAAAGCAUCCCACUGGGUCAUGGCCAAGAGGGACCAGAAAGAGUGAUCAGCAUUUUCCGACACUCCCACAGGGCUCGCCCUAUCCGCUGGAAGAUCCCACACAGUGCUACUGGGUCCAUGUUUAUUCCAAGUUGUGUGUCAGCAUCUACUCGAGUUUUUAAGAACCAACUAGGCCAAAUAAGAAAAGCCAGAAAGUCCAGGAGAGACAAAAUAGAUGGGUUUUUCACUGAUGAGCCGGUUAGCAAUUCUUUAAUUCUUGCCAACCAGGUUUCCAAACCUUUACCCACUUCUUACUCUAGGUUUAUAAUUUCUAAAUUCAAUAAAAGAAGCACAGAGUCUCGCCGUGUACUAAAGACUCCAGACUUUGGUCAGGAACUCCCUGUAGACAAAGUCCUCAUCAGCCCUAUACCUAGCACUACAUCUGUAGUACCAGAACCACAGUGGGCUGAACGACCAGCACACCGCCCCAAGGCACCAGUAAAUAAAGUGGUGAUAAACGUCGCUUCUCUCCCGGAGGCCCGUUCUCUGCCGAAGCCAGCUUUACCAAGAAAACCUCCGAGACAGACUGCAAUAGCUUUAAUUAGGACCGCAAGAAAAAUAGACCCAGAUGCCCAUGUUUUACAAGGGGAAGGCUUUAAGACUACCGCAGCAACACGCUAUGAAACAGUAAUGGCGAUGACCACCCUGGCCAUAAUCAACUGCCAAAUAUAUGGAAGAAACGCGCUUAAUCUUAAGGGAUUCUUUCUUCAGCACUGUCCAGACUUAACAGCUGUGGCUGUUCAAUUGCUGUACCUUAAUUUAUCAUUCAAUAACCUCAGCCAAUUUCCUAUGGAAGUGCUUUAUCUUAGAAAUCUACAGGUCCUGAAACUGAGAAAUAAUCCUAUCAGAGAAAUUCCUUCUGAAAUCCAGCAGUUGAAGUACCUUAGGAAUUUCUGCAUUUCCUUCAAUUUUAUUACAGAGCUUUCUGCUGGGUUAUUUUGCCUGAAUUAUCUUGAGGAACUUGAUGUUUCCUACAAUGAAAUUAGUGAUAUUCCAAAUGACAUCCAGAAACUCAGAUCACUUCAGAAACUGAAUGUUGAUGGGAAUUACCUGAAUUCUUUUCCACCUGGGAUUUUAAAACUUAACUUGAGCAAGCUCCACUUUGAAAACACAUUUACUAGUAGUUAUUUUUGGUUAGAGAAUUCCCUGAAUGAUGCCCCACGACUUACUGACAUUUGUUCCUUGUUCAUUGUUAAAAGAAAUCUACAUAAAGUUUCUGAUUUUAUCCCAGAGAAAGUUCAAAAGUAUCUAAAAAGCGAGUUCAUGUGUGACUGGUGUCAUGGCCCCAGGUUUGGUGAAGGUUUUCACAUCAUUCGGUCCUGUGACAUCUUUGGAGCGUCACACAUUCCCCUUAUGUUCCGUGUCUGCUCUCCUGCCUGCUACGUGGAGAUCAGGGGAAGCAGUUUUGUUUUAGAAGGCUUCCCUAGCAGAAAAAUAGCUUUAAACAUGGACUGGGUGAAAGAAAGCGCAAUCAGCGAUAUGUCGUUUUACUUGUAAGACCCACAAGCAUGGGUGUGUAUGGACUCCAUCUCGUGGAGUGCAGGUUCUGCAUGCGGACCUACGGGCCUUCUCUGCUGAG